AUAAGCUUUUGGAAUCAAGCAAGGGCAGAUAUAACUAACCCAAACGGGGACAUGAGAACUGCCCAAUACGACCAACGCCGUUUAUAAGCUCGAGCUCCUAAGCUCGCGAGGCUCUCCUCCAGUUCUAAACCAUUGCCAAGCACGAGAACAUCCCUUGCAAGCAAGCUACAAAGCCCGAGUGACAGAGAAUGGGCAGAAAGGUGAGCACCACACUUCUGAUCGUCCUCGGCGUCGCGCUUGCGAUCGCCGGCCCCGCCGCCGGCGACAUGCAGGCGGCCUACAGCAUCGACGCGGCGGUGCAGCAGCUGAUGUCGCCGCCUCCGUCAUUGUCCAUGCUGGAGGACAGCGUUGCCCCGGAGUUCACUGUUGAUAUGGAGGUGCACCGCCGGGUCCUGGCCGGCAUCGGCACGGGAGCCCUGAACAAGAACAAGGCGGCCUGCAACGGGCCGUGCCCGGCGCGCGGAGGUUCCUACACCAAUCGGGGAUGCAACAGCAAGUACCAGUGCCGUGGUGGCUGAGAAUGCAUCAGCUAGCAGAGCACUUACUCUUGCACGCGCGUAAGACCGACGUUUAUUUUCAUGUCGUAUUUCCAGUAACUUUGAUUCUACUCCUGAGUCUUGGUCUCGUGUCGCAGUCUUGUUGGAACAACUGUGUGAAGUGAUACCAAAUUAUCGAUUGUGUUGUAUCAA